AUGCCCAUCGACCUGAGCAAUUUUUUUUAUCGAAGGGAUCUCACCUUAAAUACAAAUAUGUUUUUAGAAGCCAUGCACAAAAAACUUAAAUAUUAUUACAUUCAUGGAAACCAGAACAGGAGAGUCGACAAAUGUAUUAGCUUUCUAAUGAGUUUUUCAAGGGAUAUAAUGUUUGAACGAAUCAUUCGCAUGGCAAAAAAUAAACCUACAUUCCGAAUGGAGCAGAUUGCCCACAGUCAUCAUCGAAGCAACAACAUUGAGGACAGCAAGAUAAAAAUAAUUGACGAGAAAACAUGGCUUGUACAGUCAUCAUUUGGGCCAACAUUAUACUCUGUGUUGAUUAAUGAAAUACAGAAGUUGUAUGGGCUGCCCUCUAUCAUGCCCUGA